CUCCUGCGUCUACCGCGUCUAUGUACCUUCAAAAUGGCGUCUUUCUUGCGUAAAUUCGCCACUUCAGCAUCUGCCGCAAAGACACCAAUGGCUAACGUCUUCUUCGACGUCGCAAUUGACUCAAAACCAACUGGACGGAUAGUCUUCAAACUCUACGACGACAUAGUCCCGAGAACGGCGAAAAACUUCCGGGAGUUAGCUACCGGCCAGCAUGGGUUCGGCUACUCUGGCAGCAUCUUCCAUAGAAUCAUUCCUAACUUCAUGAUCCAAGGAGGCGACUUUACACGGCAUAAUGGCACGGGAGGCAAGUCGAUCUACGGAGAGAAGUUUGCUGACGAGAACUUCAAACUGCGGCACGACAAGCCCGGCCUCCUCUCUAUGGCCAACGCCGGUCCGAACACCAACGGUUCGCAGUUCUUCAUUACAACCGUCGUCACGUCAUGGCUCGACGGGCGACACGUUGUAUUCGGUGAGGUGGUGGAAGGUAUGGAUGUGGUCAGGAAGAUAGAGGCAGUCGGAUCGGACUCCGGUCGGCCGAAGAGCAAAGUGACCAUCACGUCCUCCGGUACAGUCUAAGUGCUUGUAGCUUGCGCUUUCAUGGACAUUAUAGACACACCCUAAUUGCUGACUAUGCUCCACCGGCACUCCCUUUCACCCCUGAACUUGAUGUGUGACCGCCUCGACAUAUUACAGACUACAGUUUUGUAAGGAUUAGAACAUAGAUGACUGCUUUACAAUGCUUGAGGGUGACUGACGGCAGAAAUACAGUAAGAAUAAGUAGAGCAACAAGAACAAUCGUCAGCCAACCAUACGAAAGCGCACGACGAUCUUCUGACCAGGAAUGAACGGGUGUGUCCGAUCAGCAAGAACGGUCAAUUCAAGCUCGCCUGCCAUCCUCUUGACAAGCACACCGGCACUUGGCAGCUCUUCCGACGGCUCCCGUUUGACUGGCCCAGACGCUACUGGCGAUUUUGCGGGGACAGGAACAAUAAUAUCAUGCUGGCAGUGGAAACGGGUGACAAUAGCGCCACCAGGAGCCAUAAACGAGCCCAUGAGAUGAAACUUCAGGCCUAGGCUAUCCUCCAUAAGCUUGGUGGUAUCGUCGGCCCAAUGUUGAACCUGGCUCGCGUGGUGCCACGAAUAUGCCACAAUAGCAUACUCGCCGUCGAACUCGAAGAUCACGGGGAGCUCGCCCUCCUGGUCCAGCCUUCCAGUCAUGUCGAUCUUAUGCCGUAUGUACAGUCCCUGCGCGUGGAAGAAUCCGGACAGCCGAGUCUUGAAGACUUUCACGAGAGCGCCGAUGUGCUGAAAGUGAGUUAUUCGAGGGAACAACGAUGGUGGCUGCGGAGGCGGAACGAAGUUGUCCCACAAGGACGACGGACGCUUUGGCUCGGACUUCGUCACCCUCUCACCAGGUGGACUUUCCCGCCUACGCUUCGCUUUCUUCUUGCGUCCAGGCUUGACCAGGCUUGACAAAGGUAUGUCGGGCUCAGAAACUUCGUCCUCCUCAUGUCGCAGCUGGGACGUUCGGCGACGGCAACUACUACAGAAUUUCGAUCUGGACGAAAGCGGGACAAGAGUACCGCAAAAUGGAGUCCUACAAACGCGAUG